AGGAGGUGAAAAAAGAAAAAGUGUAACGGUUAAAAAAAUUUGGACAAAAUUCAUAUAAUAAUAUAAAAUUAAGAAAAUAAUAGUGUAAGAAAAGAGAAACAAGUCUACGAGGCAAUCUACUAACCUUCCGUUAAUACAAUUUUUGGUUUUUAUGUGUCUUUCUCUCUCCUCUUCUCUUUCUCAAAACCCUAAUUCUAUCGUUCCGAUUCCGUUUCAGCCUCGAACAUACAUCUUUCUCUCUCCUUUCUUCCAACGAUUCACAUUUCACUGCGAUUCUUCCUCUAAUCACUGCUCUACCUCUGCAUUUACAGGAACAUAUUGUUUUUCAAGAUGUCUCCGGCAUCAAGAUCUAAAGCAAAAGACAAAAAGGCCAGCAAGGAAUCUCAGAAGGCUUCCACAAAGCCUUCGGUACCUACUAGUUCUGGUAGUAGUAUCCCAGCAAGUGCAUACAAUCCGAUUUUGGGAACAUUUCACACCCUUGAGGUGUUACCAACAUCUCCUGUGACAUCUCUCCAGACAAAUGGUCGUUUCCGAAACAUAGAUGAGUCAGAUGAUCAUUCAGGCAGCUCUGUUGUAGCUGGAUUUGAGUAUGAUUCUGUCUCCAACAAUGGCAGCUGGUCUGGUGAAUCAGAAGAUCACAAAGAUAAGGCAUCUAAUCUUUCUGGUCGGCAGGAUAUAAUACCAGGAGCCGACAAUGACAAACGAGAAAAAAUACGUCAGAAGAAUGAGAAAAAGCAUCAGCGUCAAAAGGAGAGGAGAGCUCUGGAAUUGCAUGAGCGAUGCAGUGGCUAUCUUAUGUCAAGAAAGCUUGAAGCACUGGCUCAACAACUUGUGGCAAUGGGAUUUUCACAAGAACGCGCAACAAUGGCUUUAAUGCUGAAUGAAGGUAGAGUAGAAGAAUCAGUUAACUGGCUUUUUGAAGGUGGCGAAGAAGCUGACAAGUUCAGGGGUCAAAACCUUGGUGGGAGUAAUUUGAAAAUUGACAUAUCAGAUGAGCUUGCUCGGAUUGCAGAUAUGGAGACGAGGUACAAGUGCUCCAAACAGGAGGUUGAAAGAGCUAUUGUUGCUUGUGAAGGUGAUCUUGAGAAGGCUGCAGAGAGCUUAAGAGUAUCAAAGCAAGACCCACCUUCUGCACCACCUAAGCCUGAAGAAACUGGUGAUCCUCCAACCAUCAUUAAUGGCAAGCUUUCACAUGCACUUAGUCAGAAUUUAAGACUUCAAGCAAAAUCUAUUCCUCCACAAACAUUACAACAAAGAAAAGAUGAAAAAGAUUUUAACUACACCAAGCAAACAGUUACAGUGUCAGAGCCAGUGGGUAAACAUUUGCAACCUCUAAAAAGAGUCAAUCCUAAGUUGGAUUGGGCAAAAUCUCAACAGCCAGCAUUACCAGCUGAUAAAAGGUGGCCAAAUGCAGCAUCAAAUCCUUCUGUAUCAUAUACAUUAGCAUCACCCUUGCAGGUGUCUUCUUUACCAGCAAAAGCUGAAACCCGUUAUGCAACUGUUGGAAAUGAUGUAAAAAACCUACAUACAGGGGCAGUCAGGGAACCUGUAAUUAUGAUGCAGCGUCCUCAGUCCCUUAAUAUGAAGCAAGUUCAAGCUAGUAUGAGUUCUUCACUUCCUGGUACAGCUGCUAGUUGGUAUCCUACUAGUAAUGUAGAAGUUACGAGGCCCAGUGGAUUUUUGCCACAAAUUCCUACUAGCACUGGAAGUCUCAGCCAGAACAUACUUAGCUCAAGUCAGAUGUACCAAUAUCAGUAUCAACAACAACAACAACAGCAACAGCAACAACAGCAACAAUUUCAACACCAGCAACAACAACUACAACAACUUGUUACAGGCAGUGGUCCAGGGGAUUCUCCUGGAACUAGCAGAGGGAAUGGUUUGUGGAGUAGCAGAUCAGGUACUUCCCCAACUCUAGCUGCGGCUUCUUCCCUUGGACUUUUUUCUGGGUGGGGUUCAGCUGGCUCUUCGGGAGCAUCUUCUCCAGUAGACUGGAGUACUAGUAGCUCAAUGCUGCAGUUAGACUACACCAACAUAGAUUGGACACUGGAUCGAAAUAUGCCCUCAACUAGGCCGAAUGGGUUAUCAAUUGCCUCAUACAUGAGCAAUGGCAACAUCUAUGAGCCGAAUGCUUCUGGGUUGGCAGCUUCUCAGCCUGCGAUGAGACCGGCUUCCUCUAAUGUGAAUGGUGUUUCCAUGGCAGGACGGCAGGAUGGUGGAGUUGCAAGUUCUGAAACAUCAGCCACAGGUUCUCGAGACUGGACAUCGCCAUUUGAAGGGGAAGAUCUUUUUAGCUUACCCAGACAGUUUGUUUCUUCUCCUUCUCUUUAAGCAAGUAAUUCAAUGAAUAAAUAAGAAAAUGAGAGGGAAAAAAAGAAAAAAAAAAAAAAAAAAGACCCCAGAAAUGUGCGUGGAUUUGGUGUUUUGUUCUUAUGAUGCUGCAAUGUUGAUUGUUGGUCCAUACAUACCUUCAGUGAAAAAAGCAUCUAAAAUCCUUUGCUUCAUCUCUCUUUCACGUUCAUUUUCAUCAUUAAGAAAAGGAAAAAAAAAAAAAAAGCCGUCGAAAAUCAAAGAUUAAUAAAUUUAAUAUUAACAAUACAAAAAAUGAUAAUUCAUCUAUUUCAAAAUCACACUGCUUUCUGUCUAAUAAAUGAGGAUAAAAAGUAAUCGAAAUGAAAUUGCCAUUUGCUGAAAAUGAUCAGACCUACAAUCUCUUUCGAAAUAGUACAUUCAUACAUUGGUUCUCCAAAUUGGGUUCAUGUUCUUGAAUCUUGUCUAAUAAAAUAAUAUGGAGAAGUAAAUCAGAUUAUGUUGACUUUCUUAGAAAAAGUUAAUAAUAUAAAUCAUUCUAUUUAUUUUAUUUUUUAUUCAUUCCAUUAUUACAUAGCAGAAACCUAACGAAUCAUACAAUAUGGUCAUUUUACUACACACAUUAUUAUUAUUAUGAUUCAUUCUUAUUACUCGACAGAGGAGGAAAAAUUACGAGAGAAAUCAUCUGAAGGGCUACAAGCGCUAGCUGAAGCAGGUUCUUUGUACCAUUCAUUUGCUUCUCGAGUCAGAAAGUUGGCCUCUG